AUGGAUCCACGUUGGAAACAUCCAUGGACAUCAAUUAUAUGCGGUCCUACUGGUUGCGGUAAAACAGUAUUCGUAAAAAGAUUCAUCAAACAUUUAUCUCUAAUGAGUGAUACAAAUUUCUCAAAAAUAAUAUUUCAUUACGCUGAAUGGCAAACAGGCUACAAUGAAUAUAUUCAUAAUAAAAACAUUGAGUUUCAUGAAGGUCUUCCAAUAGGUGAAGAAUACGGUUGUGAUAAUAAUCCAAAACUAGUAAUUAUUGACGAUUUAAUGCGUGAAGCAUCAAAUAAUGCUGUAAUAGAUCUUUUUACAAAAGCACCUGUUCUGGGUGCUUUGGUUGCAAGGGGAUUGCCUGAGGAUAAAAUUCAUGAGAAAUUGGCAGUCUCAGAAAAAAAUGAAGAUAUCGCAAAAAAUAAAUCUUGUCUUACUAGUGGAACAGUGUUAACUAGGCUCGACAAUGAAAUGUAUGAAAUUUUAAAUUCUACGGACCUGGCUGUAGACAACAACAACUCUAAAUUCUUCGAGAGUAGUGCAGGUUCUUCUGAAAGUGAAAUUGAUCAUCGUUCUUCAUAUGAUGUAGUUAUAGAUAAUUUGGUUAUAGACAGUGUACCUAGAAGAUUCAGAGGAAAUGCAGCGCGGCUAUUAAAAAGGCUAAGAAGUGCACCUGCCACGUUAAUAUCUUGGGACGAUAGAGGUCUUGUGACAAUUAGAGGUAAAAAAGUAGCACGUUCUAAUAUCACUGAUCUUUUAAACGAUGUGUUGAGGUCUAGAAAGAGUGUGAAAGCGAUAGGUCGUCAACAGUUUGCUCAAGUACUGCAAACGUUAAACAUUCCGCGUGAAUACAUCGGUAAUCGAGCGUAUUUUAACAAAGAAAUGUCAACUUCUACACCUAGAAGACGAUCUGUUAAUUUUUCCGUGCCUGAAAUACUUACAGAACACACAUCCUUAGACGAAUUACAAUUAAAUCAAAACGGUGAAGGUUCUAUAAAUAAAAACAGUCAAAGUGCUAAAAAUAUUCUAAAAUACUCUGCUGAAAACAAAUCAGAGCUAUCUCAAGAUGAUGUUAAGGAAUGGUUAAAUAAACAAGAAACUUUUACAAAGCACCGUAUGAACAGGAAACGUUUUAUUAGAAGGACUUAUAAUGUUGAAUCAAUAGAUGAUGUCUGGGAAGCUGAUUUAGCUGAUUUACGAAGUAUCUCUACGUAUAACAAGGGUUAUAAAUAUAUAUUGAUAGUGAUCGAUGUAAUGAGUAAGUAUGCGUGGGCUGAGCCUCUAAUAAAUAAAACUAGUCUAAGUGUGACUCAAGCAUUCCAAAAAAUCUUAAGUAGAAGUAACAAAAGAAUACCCCGCUUAGUGCAGACAGAUAGCGGAAAGGAGUUUCUUGGAGAGACUUUUCAAGAGUUUUUGAGAAAAAAAGGAAUAUUGUUUAGAACAGUACGCAACCCUGACGUCAAAGCAGCUAUUGUAGAACGUCUAAAUAGAACGAUAAAGGAGAGGAUAUGGCGUUAUUUUACGUAUUCCCGCACAAAAAAGUAUUUAGACAUAUUACAAAAAAUUAUUUACGCUUACAAUCACACAACACAUACUGGUAUCAAAAUGGCGCCGGUAAAUGUUAACAAUAAUACAGCUCAAAUAGCUUUUAAUAACCUUAAAAAACGUUAUGAAAAUGAGAAGCGCUCUGCGCUCUUGAAAAACCGUAAGCUUAAAUAUGCUGUUGGUGACUUGGUACGUAUCAGUAAAGCAAAGGCAGCGUUUACGAAAGGAUAUGAGAGUGGCUGGAGUAGCGAAGUUUUUAAAGUAUCAAGUAUUUCUGAAUAUCGCCAACCACUGGUUUAUAUAUUAACCGAUCUUCAAAACGAACCAAUCAACGGUAUAUUUUAUGAAGAGGAAUGA